AUGGCAGGAUGCACUGUGAAGACUUUCUUCAAGGAGGCAAGGGAAUUUUACCAGAACGCUGAAGCAGAUGGCGGUAUGGCGCUUCACCUGAAGAUGCCAAGUCUCUUACAGGAGAGAUACAUGCAGGAAUCGUUCGAGGAGGAGUUUGAUAUCCUCUGCGAAGAGGUCAUGAAAUUGGUUCUAAUUGAUCAAAAAGAUCGGAUCGUUGAAGUGAGUCUACAGAGAAACAUAAAAAUUGAGGAAGUGGAGAUUGAACAAGUGAAGAUGGAAGAAGUGAAGGUGGAAGACGUGAAGGUGGAAGAAAUGAAGAUUGAACAAGUGAGAAUUGAGGAAAAGGGUAGCUAUUGA